AACCAGUCACAUAUAAUCCCACAUAUAAUCUCACAUAUAAUCCCAUUUAUAAUCCCACGUAUAAUCCCACAUAUAAAUAAUGAUUUACACUACGCUUCAAAUAGAAACUCCCCUAUAGCUGUGUACCCCUAUGUAGCUAAACAACCAGUCACAUAUAAUCCCACAUAUAAUCUCACAUAUAAUCCCAUGUAUAAUCCCACGUAUAAUCCCAUUUAUAAUCCCACAUAUAAAUAAUGAUUUACACUACGCUUCAAAUAGAAACUCCCCUAUAGCUGUGUACCCCUAUGUAGCUAAACAACCAGUCACAUAUAAUCCCACAUAUAAUCCCAUAUGAUAUCCAGGAUAUUCCCCUCGAAGAACGUAAGAGAGGCACAUUGUUAAGAAAAUAAACAAAUCCUGUUAAUUAAGAACCCUGAUAAUGUAAUAUUGUGUUGUUGUGGUGGAUUAUAAUGAUAUUUUUCUUUGUUCCCUACAUGCUAUUCUUGUCACUCUUCUCCCUUAAGGCUUUUCUUAAACAACACUUCCAACUCAUCUUUGCUGCUUUGACUCUUCUCAUUGGAACCUUUUACCUGGUCUCCGGUCUCCGGUCUCGGUCAGUUCCAGGUUCCUUAUCUACUUCCUCCUCCCUCUGUCUCAGUUCCAGGUUCCUUAUCUACUUCCUCCCUCCUCUGUCUCAGAAUCUGUCUCAGUUCCAGGUUCCUUAUCUACUUCCUCCCUCCUCUGUCUCAGAAUCUGUCUCAGUUCCAGGUUCCUUAUCUACUUCCUCCCUCCUCUGUCUCAGAAUCUGUCUCAGUUCCAGGUUCCUUAUCUACUUCCUUCCUCCUCUGUCUCAGAAUCUGUCUCAGUUCCAGGUUCCUUGUCUACUUCCUUCCUCCUCUGUCUCAGAAUCUGUCUCAGUUCCAGGUUCCUUAUCUACUUCCUCCUCCCUCUGUCUCAGAAUCUGUCUCAGUUCCAGGUUCCUUAUCUACUUCCUUCCUCCUCUGUCUCAGAAUCUGUCUCAGUUCCAGGUUCCUUAUCUACUUCCUCCCUCCUCUGUCUCAGAAUCUGUCUCAGUUCCAGGUUCCUUAUCUACUUCCUUCCUCCUCUGUCUCAGAAUCUGUCUCAGUUCCAGGUUCCUUAUCUACUUCCUCCCUCCUCUGUCUCAGAAUCUGUCUCAGUUCCAGGUUCCUUGUCUACUUCCUCCCUCCUCUGUCUCAGUUCCAGGUUCCUUAUCUACUUCCUCCCUCCUCUGUCUCAGAAUCUGUCUCAGUUCCAGGUUCCUUGUCUACUUCCUCCCUCCUCUGUCUCAGUUCCAGGUUCCUUAUCUACUUCCUCCCUCCUCUGUCUCAGAAUCUGUCUCAGUUCCAGGUUCCUUAUCUACUUCCUUCCUCCUCUGUCUCAGAAUCUGUCUCAGUUCCAGGUUCCUUAUCUACUUCCUCCCUCCUCUGUCUCAGAAUCUGUCUCAGUUCCAGGUUCCUUAUCUACUUCCUCCCUCCUCUGUCUCAGAAUCUGUCUCAGUUCCAGGUUCCUUAUCUACUUCCUUCCUCCUCUGUCUCAGAAUCUGUCUCAGUUCCAGGUUCCUUAUCUACUUCCUCCCUCCUCUGUCUCAGAAUCUGUCUCAGUUCCAGGUUCCUUGUCUACUUCCUCCCUCCUCUGUCUCAGUUCCAGGUUCCUUAUCUACUUCCUCCCUCCUCUGUCUCAGAAUCUGUCUCAGUUCCAGGUUCCUUAUCUACUUCCUCCCUCCUCUGUCUCAGAAUCUGUCUCAGUUCCAGGUUCCUUAUCUACUUCCUUCCUCCUCUGUCUCAGAAUCUGUCUCAGUUCCAGGUUCCUUGUCUACUUCCUCCCUCCUCUGUCUCAGUUCCAGGUUCCUUAUCUACUUCCUCCCUCCUCUGUCUCAGAAUCUGUCUCAGUUCCAGGUUCCUUAUCUACUUCCUCCCUCCUCUGUCUCAGAAUCUGUCUCAGUUCCAGGUUCCUUAUCUACUUCCUCCCUCCUCUGUCUCAGAAUCUGUCUCAGUUCCAGGCUCCUUAUCUACUUCCUCCCUCCUCUGUCUCAGAAUCUGUCUCAGUUCCAGGUUCCUUAUCUACUUCCUCCCUCCUCUGUCUCAGAAUCUGUCUCAGUUCCAGGUUCCUCGUCUACUUCCCUCCUCAUCUUUCUUUUCCACAUGGUAUGAAUCAUCUCGUCUUCCUCCAUCCACUUUCUCUUUCUAGUCUUUUCCAUCUGUUGAAGAUGGACCGUCAUCCCCUGCUUCUCCAACCUCCUCAGAUUUAUCCGGUGCCUCAUCCUCCUCCUUCUCUCUCCCCUUCCCCUCUCCAUCCUUCAUUUCUCCAGGACC